CAGGGCUGGGACAACCGCGGCCUGGGCCUGGCAAGGCCUGCGGACCUGCGCUCGACGGCGCGCGGCAGCAGCCUCUAAGCCCGCGCUGCAGCGUUUGGCCUCUUCCCGCUGCGGGGCUCACAAGCUCGCUGCCCCUGCGGCCGGCGCCCUGGCCUCAGCCUCUGGCUCGCGAAAGGAGCCGCUGCCGAAGCUGCUUUGCUCCGUGAGGCCUCGAUCAAAAUGGCCCUGUAAGUGUGGUUGCCUAGGGGCUGUCCAAGACCCUUCUAGCAUGAUGACCCUAUCCCAGCAAGACUUCUGUACUCCAGGAAGGAUAACCUCCAAAGUGACAGCCCUGCCCAGGGAGCCUAUUUGACACCGAACAUGCCGCAUAUCCCACAAUAAUAGAGUUCCGAUGACGUUGGUAAAAAGAAGAAAUGGCUUCAGUAGAUAGAUACGGGUGGACGGCUGCCUGCUAAUAUUGCAUGACAGGAUUUUGAGGUGUUGAGUGAUGGUCUCACUGGACUAUUUCGGAGGUUCCACCAAGAUCAUUUUGAAGACCAUUGUUUGGCAGCAUUACAGAGGACCCUGAAGCCAACAGGUGCACUCACUGGACACCUUGUACCGUAACUCUUUACUCUUCAGAUAUGUUGUCAAGGGAAGUUAGAUGCCAUGUUGUGAGCAACCCUAUGGUGCAUGUGUCAAGAAACUGUGACAUCCUUCCAACAGCCAGUGAGAAACUGAGACCUGAAGUCAAGAGCCAUGUGCAUGGGCCUUCUUGGGAGUAGAUCCUACAUCCCUAUUCAAGCCUUCGGAGAACUGUAGCUUUGGUUGACAUCCACCUUGACUGCAACCUCAAGAGAAAUACUGAACCAGAACCACCUGGAUAAGCUUCUUUCAAAUUCCUGCCCCUCAGAAACAAUAUGAGGAAAGUGAGGCACAGUGAAGCCAAGACAUUGGUUAAAGAUCACAGAGCUGGAAGAUUCCCAAGGAUGCAGAAGGAAAUGAAGAUGAUCAAAAAUGAGGAUGUGCUUUUCAAUUUGGGUGUGAAGAGGGCCCCCUCCUUUCCCCAGUGCCUGCAACCAGUGGUUUCCCGAGGGAAAGCUCCCCAAAGACACCCCUUCCCAGAAGCUCUUCAGGGGCCUUUUUCCCAAUUUCGGUAUGAACCUCCUCCAGGACACCUAGGCGGAUUCCCGGGGGUCUUUGAAGGAGGAGGGUCUCGGAAACGGAAGAGCAUGCCCACCAAGAUGCCCUAUAACCAUGCUGCGGAAGAAGCCCCUCUUGCCCUCCACUCUGAGGAGAGCAAAAACCACCGCCCGCCGAACCUCCCCCUGCUGUUCCCACAGCCCCCACGGCCCAAGUAUGACUCACAGAUGAUCGACCUGUGCAACGUGGGCUUCCAGUUCUACCGCUCUCUGGAACACUUGGGGGGCAGGCCCGUCAAGCAAGAGCCCGUGAAGCCCAGUGCCAUGUGGCCCCAGCCGACGCCACCCCCAUUCCUGACCACGCCCUACCCCUACUACCCCAAAGUGCCCCCGGGCCUCAUGUUCCCCUUCUUCAUGCCCUCUGCAUCCCCCUUCCCCUUCGGCCGGCACACCUUCCUGCCCAAGCCCCCGGCUGAGCCGCUGCUGCCGCGCAAGGCUGAGCCGCAGGAGAGCGAGGAGACGCAGCAGAAGGUGGAACGCGUGGACGUGAACGUGCAGAUUGACGACAGCUACUACGUGGACGUGGGCGGGGCGCAGAAGCGCUGGCAGUGCCCCACCUGUGAGAAGUCCUACACCUCCAAGUACAACCUGGUGACCCACAUCCUGGGCCACAGCGGUAUCAAGCCGCACGCGUGCACCCGCUGCGGGAAGCUCUUCAAGCAGCUCAGCCAUCUGCACACCCACAUGCUGACCCACCAGGGCACGCGGCCCCACAAAUGCCAGGUGUGCCACAAGGCCUUCACGCAGACCAGCCACCUGAAGCGCCACAUGAUGCAGCACAGCGAGGUGAAGCCACAUAACUGCCGCGUGUGUGGCCGGGGUUUUGCCUACCCCAGCGAGCUCAAGGCCCACGAGGCCAAGCACGCCAGCGGGCGGGAGAACAUCUGUGUGGAGUGCGGCCUCGACUUCCCCACGCUGGCCCAGCUGAAGAGGCACCUCACCACGCACCGGGGCCCCAUCCAGUACAACUGCUCCGAGUGUGACAAGACCUUCCAGUACCCGAGCCAGCUGCAGAACCACAUGAUGAAGCACAAGGACAUCCGGCCCUACAUCUGCUCCGAGUGUGGCAUGGAGUUUGUGCAGCCCCACCACCUCAAGCAGCACUCCCUCACCCACAAGGGUGUGAAGGAGCACAAAUGUGGAAUUUGUGGGCGGGAGUUCACUCUGUUGGCCAACAUGAAGAGACACGUGCUGAUCCACACCAAUAUCCGUGCCUACCAAUGUCACCUCUGCUAUAAGAGUUUUGUGCAGAAACAGACCCUCAAGGCGCACAUGAUCGUCCACUCUGACGUGAAGCCUUUCAGAUGCAAGCUGUGUGGGAAGGAAUUCAACCGGAUGCACAACCUAAUGGGCCACAUGCACCUACACUCCGACAGCAAGCCCUUCAGGUGCCUCUACUGCCCCAGCAAAUUCACCCUGAAGGGGAACCUGACUCGCCACAUGAAAGUCAAGCAUGGGGUCAUGGAGCGGGGCCUCCAUUCUCAAGGGUUUGGAAGGGGUAGAACUGCCCUGGUGCAGACGGCCGGGGCCCUGCGGAGUCUGGAGCAGGAGGAGCCCUUUGACCUUUCCCAGAAGCGCGGGGCGAAGGCGCCGGCCUUCCAGUCGGACGGGGAGAGCGCCAGGGGCAGCUCCUGCCACGAGGAGGAGGACGAGGACAACUGCUACGAGGUGGAGCGGGACAGCCCGGACCUGGGCCCCCAGGGCAGGCCACUGUGCGCUCCCCAGGAUCUCUCCAGCCAGCCCAAGAGGGCCCCCAGGGUCCCCGGGGCAGCCUGCGGUGAGGAAGAGGACCUGCCGAAAGGGGGCCGCCAGGAGCAGAGCAAGGACAGCCGUGGGUCAGAGGGCGGCCCGCAGAGAGAGUUUGCCUGCAGGGAUGAGUGUCUCGGUCUCAGGGCUCUACAGAGCACCCGGCGGGCGCCCCCCUGCUCUGAGGACUUGUACUUCAAGCACAGAGAUGAGAGUUUGAAAGAAUUACUGGAGAGGAAAAUGGAAAAACAAGCAGUGCUUUUAGGUAUCUAAGUGGACGGUUUUAAAAUUGCAUUUGGAAAAUGAGAGCUAGGCAGUUGAAAUACAGCUUUCUGCCUGAGCUGUCAUUUACUGCAGACUGACAAACGGCGCAGAUCUGUACAAAUGGCUCAGAUUUAAUGAGCAGGGACUGUCUUCAGUAAUGUAAAUACUUCUCAGGUCAUUUCUUGGGCCCUUGGUUUUUAACACAUGUGCAGUGUCUCCUUCAGUGUUAUUUUAUGUACCUCCAGAAUAAUCUGUACAUUUCUUCUAGACAGCUAAUUGUAAGCUGAUGCUGAGGUGCUUUUAGAAAUUCUAUUCUCCAUUGACUAAUAUGUAAUACAUGGUAAAUCUUUUUCUAGUUGCAAAAGUAUGGUGCUUGACAUGUUACCUUAGUAACAACUAUUUAGUGGAAUGUGUGAAAGUAUAGUAUUUUUCCAGAUAGAUGAAAAUAUGAGUCGUAUAUAUAAAAAUCACCUUUAUUAAGUAAUCAGAAAUACCAGAAUAAACAAAGGAGGAUGAGUUACUUGAAGUGAAUGUUCUCGAGUAGUUGCUGCAGAUAUAAGAUAAAAUUUCAAGAGAAUAUGGGUAAUUUUGAAAACACUGCAAUACUUAGAGUCCUGUUCUCUUCAGUGACCUUAAUGAGAGGCAUCCCUUGGAGCAUGUUUCCAGGUGGCCAGCCGGUGCUCAGUGUCUGCAGGCUAAGCCCUUGUGUCCCGAGCAGGCUCCCUUCUGGAGACCUUGCUCUGGGGCCUCAUGCAGGAAGAGUUGUCACCCUGUGAGUAGUGGGUUCUCUUUGGUGCUGGAGCUGGAAGAGUGGGGAGAGUUCUCCCUGAAAUCAAAGCUUGGACUUAAUUGGAGUCUUAGAAUAGCCACCAGCUAAUCACUAGUGAGGGAGAUUCUGGGCUGUUCUCAGUGCUGCCUGCACAUUAGAAUCAUCUGGGGGAACCUUUUUAAAAAUACCAGUGUUGGGUCCUCACUCCCUGAGACUCUGACUUAACUGGUAGUAGGGUACAAGCACUGGUGUUUUCCAGCUGCCCCAGAUGGUCCGUAUGUGUGGCCAGGGCUGAGAAAAGCUGGCAAGGCUAAAAGAGUGGGUGCCAGGACUCCCCAGGGGCUUCAGAUUGAUUAGGGUGGAGAACAGAAGACCCCAAAAUCAUACUGAUGAUGUAGGCUUUCUUAACCUGCUCUGUAAGAGCCUCAUGAGGGGACACACACACACAUACACACACACACACACACUCUGUAUAAACACACACUUUUUGUACUAGAAGAUGAUGCCUGUGAUGUUUAUGGUCACUUAAUAUGUUUAAAAACACAUGGCUAGCCUACAGUGACUCUGAUGUCUUCCUAGAUGCUUGAAUCAUGAUUCUGAUGAGUGACACUGACUAGAAUGAGGGCUGAGCCCAGCAGGUAGGCUUUGUUUAGUGUGGGCACCACGUCAGACAGUAGGGACAGGAUGUGGCACACGUGUGGCUGACUGUAAGCAGUGACCCUCUGGUACUGUGUCUGUGUUUAUGUAAACACUGCCUCUUGUUUGGUAGUUUCUACUCUUAUUUGUAGAGCUAGGUACUGUUUAUUAUUUUGCUUCUUCUCCUGAAGUUCACAAUGCACUUCUUUAGAAGAGCUGGCCAACCCUGACUGCUGGAUGCUGACUUUUUCUCUUGGCCACAGUGCUCCCCCAGCAGCCUCAUCUUGUUCUCAUUCACCCGUGUGCUUUGUCAAUCCCUGCAGCGUUUCUCCUGCCACCCUGCCUAAUGCGCCUUCCUUGAGCCUCACCACCACCACAAAGUGCCAAGGCUGCUUGGGUUUCCUGCUGCCCCCCGUGUCCUGAAGUCAGAGCACCUGCAAAAGGGAUGGCGAAGGGACGAGCGCGUUUCUGUGGUCAUCAGCACAGCUGUGGGCCAAGAACCUGUCCCAGGUCCUCAAAGGGGCAGCUUGCCUUCCGUUCAUUAAUAACAUGGCUCAGCAGUGCCUCUGAUGAAAUCACCCUGUAGGCUAGCAGAGCAGUCUGUUAGCCUCCAGCUCUGAGGGUCCUGCUGCACAUUCAUUCUUUCUGCAGCCAUGUGUUGAGGACCUACUGAAGGGCUGCAGGUUUCCAGUUUGCUCCGGGGAUGCCUAGCUGGAGUAGGAGCUAGGAAAUCUAGAAGAGCAAGCUCUAGUCUUUUCCAACCCCAGUGAAUAGUGUAGGAAUAUUUGAGGAACAAGUUAAUGUUGAGAUGGAGAGAGUAUGGUCUAGAAUGGUGGUUUCCAAGUCUUGUACUGAGUAGCAAGAAGUCCCCCACAGGCCCCUCCAGAGUUGCUAAGGGAGAAGAGAAACUCAGCCCUCUGGCCAACUUUACUCACAGCAGCUCAGUUUUCUCUGUUUUAUAUGUUAGCCUUCCAAGUAAAAUUUCAUGUGGAGGGAGGAAAAAAGGUCUAGGAAAAGUAACAAAAAACUGUUAUGGAAUGUAUUCUAAAGCCUGUUUUUAGUUCUUGACUGGGUAUGAGAAACUUAAUUAGAUCUAACCUGAUGGUUAAUAUCCACUGAUCUUCUAAGACCCAUGGCUAAAAUCUUGGUUAUGUAUGUUGUUGCAUGACCAACAUCCUGGUUUGCCCCGCACAACCCUGGUUAUGCCUGUUUUCCCAGGGUAAUUACUAAUAGUGCCACCUUACCUCUCAAAAGCAUCCCAGUUUGGGAGAUAUACUAUAGGGACACCCUGUGCGUCAGUGCAGAGCUAAGAGAAGGGUUGGCCAACCUUACCGAGUGAGCUGACUAACCAGAAUGCAAGCCUGGAGGAGAGCCCAUGCGGCCAUCCUCAGAAUUAAGGGAGGAGACCAUCCAAGGUCACCAGCGCGCCAGGAGCCAGGGCAGCGUGACACUCAUCUCACUGUGGCACUCGCAAAAUAGGUCACCACCAAAUGCUUUCCAGGCUUUUGACCGCUGGCACUUUGAAACAGCCAACAGACCAGCCAAGUGGCAUAGUUUUCUUUUAUCCCUUUUAUUCAGACCUAUGAUUACUCCCUCUGGUUGCCUUCCCAUUCUCCUUUCAUCCUCUCUUUUUAACAGUUCAACUCCCCACUGGCCAUUAGACUGAGGCCGACCUUCCCUAGUCCCGCAAGGGUAACUGGCAUAUUUGUAUAUGAGUAGUUGCAUGAGAAAGCCCAGUGUGCGUACUGUAUUUAUUAAGCCCUGAAGGCAUUUAAUAAAAUAUUAACAUCAUGUUUUGAGUCAUGAUCUUUGCUUUGCUGGAACAAAAUGUAACAGAGCUAACAUUUAACAUCCUUCACAUAUUUGGACAACAUUACACCAAAUGUUGGUUUUGUACAGAAUUCUGGUGUGCUAUUUAAAAACUAAAACUCCACGUGUGUAGCAACCCAAGUUGUGAAGACAGCUUUUUGGCUUUAGUGAAAAAGCAGUUUACCUGAAAAUAGUAUGUAACCUAUAUUUUGUUAAUUUAAGCAAAUAAAGACAUGAUGAAAAA